UUCAAUAAUGUCACCUAAGUGUCAUGUCAUGUACGUCACUUCUUAACAUAAUCCCGCCAACCCUCAUUUUAGGUCUAACAAUUUUUUCCUACUACUCGUACGUUCUUCACUUUUGCGUCUACAUCGUCGACAGUGUAGCUAAAAAAACAAGUUAUCUCUUCCUCUAUCACGUGACUAUCCUUAUGUUCCUUUGGUCUUUCCUUGCAACGGCGGUGAAGAAACACCACCCGAUUCCUGACGAAUACCGCCUGAACCCAUCCGAACAUUCCCGACUCCUCAAUUAUACCGAAGAUGAAGCUAACGCUAUUCUGAAAAAGUUGAUACGCUUGCGCAAUCUAGAAAUGUACACUUGUGGUCUUCACAGCCGACCUCGUUACUGCAAGACUUGUAUGCUUAUCAAGCCUGAUAGAACCCAUCAUUGCUCAACUUGCGAGAGAUGUAUCCUCAAGAUGGACCAUCACUGCCCAUGGGUGGACAACUGUAUUGGGUUUUGUAACUACAAACAGUUCAUUUUGAUGUUGUUUUAUACAACAUUAUGGUGCGCGUUUUAUGCUGGAACUGUGGCGGAAUAUAUUGUAGAUCUUUGGAAAGAUAUUCAAACAAAUGUGAGCAAGCUACUGGUUGGAAUUGGAUUUUUAUUGGCGGCAUUAUUGGGGCUGCUUGUUUUGUUCUUGUUUCUUUAUCACUUGAAGUUGAUUCUUAAAAAUGAAACUACCAUUGAAGGGUUGCGUGACACGAUAUACUAUCAAGAUAACACAACUUUUGACUUGGGACAAUGGACGAAUUUCACUGAAGUUUUUGGCGAUAAUGUGUGUUGUUGGCUACUUCCAGUGACAAGUGGAAAAGGAAAUGGUUACGAAUUUCGGGUGAAUAGGCUAAUUUAAAGAAGUGACGGUGAUGCUUUAAAUUUUAUUCACAUUUAAACAAUAAUAAAAUCGUAAAACCCACUGAUACAGCUCGAUAUUUGACAUGGGAAAUAUGGAAACCUAUCUAUAUAACUAUAAUAGCAAUUAUAAUAAAAU